GCCAGUUCUCUACCCUCCAUUUCUCUACCCGCCAUUUCUCUACCCGCCCUUUCUUUACCCGUCCUUUCUGCCUACCGCCAUUUCUCUCUCGCUGCCCUUUUUUUUUUGUCCCGCUGCCCAUUUUGUCUCGCUGCUGGCGGAAUGACUAGCCCCCUCCCUCCAUCGUGCCGCCCCAAUUCGCUUCCCAAUAUGUCAUGUUUUGUUCCGUGCACCUCCCUUCCCCCCUUAGCUGCCCUGUGACCGGCCACUCACCGCGCCAUAUCCUCGCGCCAUAUCCUCGCGCCAUAUACCGGGCCAUAUCCUCGCGCCAUUCACCGGGCCAUGUACCGCGCCAUAUACCGCGCCGUUCGCCCCGCGCUGUUUACCCUUCCAGGCCGCACUGACCCAAGCACCCUCCAACCACUCUUCUUCUGCCCGUGCCAGAACCCGCCCCACACACCAAAACACCCCCAAAACACCCCCAAAACACCCCCAAAACACCCCCAAAACACCGCGAUGGCCCGGCCGAAAAAAACGGCCAGCACUUCCGAGCCGAGCCCGGAGCCGGCCUCGCCUGCUCGCGGAAAACACACGCGGGCCAGCCCACGCUCGCCCGUGGCGCCCGCAUCGCCAGCUAAAAGGCCCCGUGGCCGCCCGCCCAGGUCGCCGCUGCGCCGCCGCCGCGCGGCCCAAUCGCCGCGCCAGGCCGGCGUGGCGCUGCUCGUGCAGAAAUUGGCCGAAAGCGGCGCCGCGGGCGCCGGGGCCGCGGGGCCCGUUUCUGCCGACGCCAUCCUCGCCGCAGACACGCCGGCCAAGCUCGCCCAGUUGCUCCAGCGGCUCGUGGCCACGGACCAGGACCGGCUCUUUGCCCAGUUCCGGGAAACGAGCGCGCAGCGCGCCGCCACCGACGCGCAGCAGAUCGCCCGGCUCUCGGCCAGCCUCGAGGCCAAGCAGAACACCAUCGACGCGCUUGCACAGCAGGCCCAGGAGCUCCAGAACGCGCUCGCGGCCGCCGGGGACGCGCUGCCGCAGGCCGCAGACUCGCCCGCCGCAGACACGCCGCAGAAACGCGCUGCCGCCAGGCACAUGUACGAGUCGCCCAUCCGCAAGAAGACCGCCGACGCGUGGGUGCACCGCAGCGACGUGGACGACGAGUUCCGCACCAUUGCCUUCUCGCUCGACAUGCUCGAGCUUCUUACGGGUGUGCGCAUCACCAACUACGUGGUGGAUGCGGACCGCUUCUUGUUUGACGUCAAGCAGUCCAGCACGCUCUCGGACCACGACACGGACGUGGUCACCGUGGAGUACCAGCUCCUGAUCCAGCGCGACUUCCAGGAAAAGGCCGAGGUCACGUACGUGCCUGUGUUUCUCGAGCUGCUCCACAAUGGCGCCCCGGACGCGGAGCUGGCGGCCCGCGCCCGCGACGCGGCCCGUGUCCGCGGCCACUUGCCGCUGUACCUCCAGCUGAGCCUCAACUUCCCGUACAACACGCUUCUGCAGUUCUACGCCAAGUUGAACAAGGCGCUCAACAAGUGCAGCAAGGCGUAGGCGCGCUCGCUGGCCCGGCCUGUUUGGGUCUGGUCUUUUGAAAGAACGGGUUGUGUGGGUGAGAUCCGAUGGGGAGAUCCGAUGGGAGGGAUCCGAUGGGUGUAGCCGAUGGGUGGGCCCUGAUUCUAUGGGUGAUAUCCGUUCCUAUGGGUGAUAUCCGUUCCUAUGGGUGAUAUCCGUUCCCAUGGGUGAGAUCUGAUUCUAUCAGACAGACCUGUUUCUAUGUGGCAGAUCGGUCUCUUU